UUGCUCGGUGCGGCUCCGUGCGCGCGAUUUGCGCGGGAUUUUGUAUUCUGCUGUUGGUGUUGUAGUCGAAGGAAGGUAUUGUACCAAAGGAGGUAAUCCACUUGUAUUUGGGAGGAUGCCUCUGCCGUGCAAAACAGUGACCACAUCUGAGUGUGCCACUGCGUCAAACAAGGCUACCAAAGCAAGGAAGCCAACCUCUGAGGCCAAGUCAGCUGACAAGCCUCCUGCCAAGCCACGACACCGGUCCCCACGCAGUCAGCUCAACGACACGUCCGAGUCCAAGAAUCGCCAAGCAAGGAAGCCAACCUCUGAGGUCAAGUCAGCCGACAAGCCUGCUGCCAAGCCACGACGGCGGCCCCCACGCAGCCAGCUCAAUGGCACGUCCGAGUCCAAAAAUCGCAAAGCAAGGAAGCCGACCUCUGAGGCCAAGUCAGCCGACAAGCCUACUGCCAAGCCACGACGCCGGCCCCGACGCAGUGAGCUCAAUGGCACAUCUAAGUCUAAGAAUCGCCCAACAAACUCCAAUGGUGCCAUCAAUGGGGAAAUGUUGGAUCCGCUGCAGUCACCCGGAGCUGCCACAAGAAGUCCGUCACGGGACUCAGUGCAUGAGUUGAGCAUUGGAGUAAACGGAAAUAAAACGGCGCCACAGAAACCAGCAAAUCAAAGUGCUGAGAUUGCUAGUGGGCUUGCUGGAGAGCCUGGGACGUCCAAGGGACAGCUCGUUAAAAAAUGCAGGCAACUGGCCAAACAGGAGAAGCCAUUGAGUAAACGGAUGGCCAAGGCAAGGCUGAUCCCGCCUAGCAGACGGAGUACGAGAAAGCCUGCGGAGGCCUUGGCACCAAGGAAGGACUCUGCUUUGGAUGAUAACGCUGACACUGGGGACAAGAAUGUCACAUGGAAUUCCUGCGUUCGGCCACCCCGGUUAAUGAGGGUACCACAGCUGAAGAAAGAAGGCAGCUCGUACAAGUGUUGCAUCGGGGGUUGCCCUGUGGCCGGCGAUGAGCCUUUCACCGGCAUCUGGUUGUUUGCGCUGCCUGCCAACCAAGCGCUGAAGUCGGCCUGGUUCGAGAGCGUCCCCAUCGACCCUGAAAUCAACAGACCACUGAGCCCUCGGCUGUGUUUCCAGCACUUUAAAAAGGAGGAUUUCAUCAUGUUCAAAGAUCGCCCAAUUGGGCUCACUGAAGAUGCGGUGCCCACGGACGUAGUGAACGAAAAAUUCCUUUACUAAUUAUAUUGCUAGCAGUGCCUAAUAUUAGAGAUUUAGCUUGUCCGCAAGCGUAACUGUCCUUUGCAGAAUACUGGCUUACUGGAGGCGUUGCUGGCAGCAGCAGUGCUGGUAGCACCAUCUGGUGACGUAGAGGUUUAAUCAGACAGGACACAAAGCUGUUAUUGUAGCAACCGACCAUAUUCUGCUUAGCUGCUGGUGCAAAGUGCUAUAUGAUCGGUAACGUGCAAUUUUUCUGAUUUUUUUCAGGAAAGUCACCUGUGCAGCACAAUUAAAAAGUGUUUCAAACGCAUUGUAAUUGGCCAGAGCAUCAGAAGAUGUCGCAACAAGCAUUGUUACUGCCAUCCACAUCUCUGGUAAUACAGUCUUAUAUAAAGGGCAAUACGUACGUGGACAAGCUAAAGCACUGUAGAGUUACUGGUGAAGAGUUGGGACCUCUUUUACGAUAUCUGGCCUCGGUGAAUGAUAGUAUCUAGUCAUGAUUUAUAUUUUUCACAAAUAGAGAGCAGGCGUUAUAGUAGAACAGAGGUUCCACUGGUAUUGUUCAAGUGAACAAUAACUACAUGCAAUUUGUGCAAAAUUGACCAAGUAGUCGCUGAUGCGAGGAAAUGAGGCACGGGCACUACAGCUGAACUGUUGCUGUCUUGUCUAUGCCUAUUGUGUACUCCUGUUUAUUAACCUGUGAUAAAAACUCGUCCAGUGAAUAAAGUUAUGACUUAUGAGCUA